GCAGACGACACAUUUAUAUGCUCCUUGGACGACACAGCCUCCGAAGAGAACGCUCUUUGGGCAUAAACACACGAGUUGUGUGUGUUGGUUUGAAAACUUGAGACGUGGCGUUCAGGGACGUGCUUUAUUCGAAAAAUUUAAAGUGCUGUGGUUUCUUUUGAACCACAUAUAAAUAUAUUUACGUGAGAAAUUCAAAUGGAAUAAUGGCAGCACUAGCAAAGGCUUGCCUGUUGUCGCUGUGUGUUUGGGGCAUCAGCGGAUUUGUGGAAGACGAAUCUUGCUAUUCGUAUGCUGGCGGUUCAGUGUACCCUCAAGGCACCGGCCGUUAUUUAGACCACAAAUUACAGUGGACUAAAGCUGUCAUUUCCAAGCCGGCUCCCGCUUGGGAAGGAACAGCGGUUGUGAACGGAGAGAUAAAAGAACUGAAACUAACCGACUUCAAAGGAAAAUAUCUCGUAUUUUUCUUUUAUCCUCUAGAUUUUACAUUUGUCUGCCCCACGGAAAUACUCGCGUUCAACGACCGGAUAGAAGAGUUCCGUCGUAUCAACACUGAAGUCGUAGCAUGUUCUGUCGACUCGCACUUCACCCACCUGGCGUGGAUGAACACCCCCCGGAAGGAAGGUGGGCUCGGCAAGUUGAAGAUACCACUCCUGUCGGAUCUGACGCACAAGAUAUCCAAAGACUAUGGUGUAUACCUUGAUGAUUUGGGACACACAUUAAGGGGCUUGUUCAUCAUCGACGACAAAGGAAUCCUGCGGCAGAUAACGAUGAACGACCUGCCGGUCGGCCGCAGCGUGGACGAGACCCUGAGACUCGUCCAGGCGUUCAAGUACACGGACCAGCACGGAGAGGUCUGCCCGGCGGGGUGGCGGCCCGGCCAGGACACGAUUAUUCCAGAUCCAGAGGCAAAAAAGAAAUUCUUCCAGAAGCAAAAAAAUUGAUGCUUUUACCAGGGACACACAACCUGAAGCCUUGUCAAGAAACAUCACCCAGUUUGCCAAAUAAGCUCUCUUCGUAUGAAGUUGGUGUAAAGUUUUCGUUAAGAUUUUUUUUAGUUAUUGGUGCUUACCACAUGCAUUUCGAGGAUGUCAAGUGAAAUAUUACCCCAACCACCUUUCAAUCAGAAGUUGAUAAAGUAGUUCCAUCAAACCUUUUUUGUGGCAAGUCUACAUUUAGCAGUGGCUUAGCAACAAGACACAGGGACACGGCAUUUCCCAUAAAUUACAAAUGUUUGGAAGGCACAAGCCAGAAUUUUUUACAUUGUAAACCAAGCAUUUCUUCAUAUUUCAGACUUUGUCUGUCCCGUCCAAUAGAGGUCUUCUGUGACAAAGCUCUCGAUUUUGUCUCCCUCCCUUCUGUCUUCUUAACACUUUGUGCAGAUUUCAUGAUUAGUGAGUUGCUAAUUAAUGUGAUCAUUGUAUAAAGUUCUUAAUAAUGAUUUUACCUCCACGAUUCCUAUUACUCACUCCCAAAAUGCGAAGUGGCAAGAGGAAUGUCUCCUCACCAUACUGGUUACGCUAUAAGUUAUUCUAGGUAUCAAGACUAUCAUAAAUGCCAGCUAUAAAGUUCAGAUAAUUAUUAUUGACUGGGUGAACAUUGGUAUGUACUAUAUGUAUAUUCUUGCACUUACAGCAUUUUAUAAUUUUUUUUUAUGGUAGUAUGUACAAUGACAAUAAUUGUGGUGAUGCUAAGUCAGCACUUCGAAAUUGGAUGUACAUCAGGUUGGCAAUAAGAGAACUUGUUUUGUCACCUAGAUUAUGACAUUUCUAAGUUCUGCAUACACAAAUCUAUUAUCAGAAACUAUGUUAAGUUAGCUUGUAAGUUGUCUCGAGACUUUCAUUUAAUCACUACAGAAGUAUGAAAAGCAUCACAAAAAUAAAAUGUUAUUAAGUUUAUGAUUACAAGAGUUAUCAUUUUCUUGAGAGUUACUAAUUAUGUUUUACUCUACUUAAAAACAAGUUAUAAUUAGUUAGUUUAUAAUGUUCAUGACUUUAAAAUCAUUUGUAACUUUUUUUUUAAGAACUUGAAUGGUUAGAAUUGACCUAUGAGAAUGAUAUAAAAUAAUUUAGUGAAAUUAGCUGAAUUUUUAUAAAAAUAUUUUGUUAUUUAAUGGUUGGUAAUGGGCCAAUAACCAAAUUCUACUGCACUUGUAUUACACUGUUGAGAAGUAAAAUAUUUGAAAAUUUCUGAUUGCUUUCAUAUAUAAUUUUAAAGAAUUUUGACAAUAAAUAUCCACUACCCCACAUGCAAUUGACAUAUUUAUGGCAAUUAUUGCCUUAGAAGUUACACCUCUGUGUUUCUUUCGUUAGGUCAGCUUUUAGUUUAUCAAGUUUGGGCCAGCUUAUUUUGGCAAAUUGUCUUCGCCAUGUAUCUCAAAUAUUUGUUCAUGCUCCUUAUUUAUAGAAACAUAUGUUCAUAGUACACAAUUGUAAUAUAAUUUUUAAAAUGGUAAAAGUUUUUUUUUAAAAAAGGCUUUAGCAAAAAAAAACUAUUGUAUUAUUUGGAAUUCAAUUUUUUUUAAAGUGAUAGUUUAAUUAAUUAUUUAGUCAAUCGAAUAAAAACCAUGAAAAUGUAACCCUUCAGACCAACAGAACAGUUGAAGCUCUAAAGGUUUAUUAUUUUUAAUUAUUAACUAUGCUAUAAUAAUAAACUAAAAAAAAAUCCAUUAGAUAAGUUAUCACUACAAAUUACAAAGUAUACAAUACCAAAAUGGUUGUAUCUGAUGCUUUGAAUUUUGCACAAGGUUCUUUUAUCCAAUAGUUCUAAAUCUUACUACACAUUUAGGUUAUUGGCCCAUUACUAGUGAUGUUGGAAGUUGUAGUGAAAGUACAAACACAUAUGUGGGCCAAGAACAAUUUCAGAUUGUGGAAGACUGAUAAAUAUUUGCAUUUUUAUAUAAGCUUUAAUUUUCAAUGAACGAAUGUACACCAAUGUGAAACUAAAGUGAUUUACGGUACUGAUGGUUCUUAUCGGUAAUUUUGUAUCAGUUUUGUUAGGUGCUGUAAUGUUUAAAUCUUAAAUAAAUGGAUUAUAACUUA